AUGCUUAAGCCUUGGGAGGUGUGCAAUUUGUUUGGAGUUUCGAUGUGGGUACUCUGGGCGUCAGAUGUGAGACUGCCACGCGUCAAAGGGGGCGAGGUUGCCCUAAUGUUUCGAUCGGUAGGAGUCCCCCAAGUCCCAUUGCGAGAGUCCUCGGAAGGGGAUUUGAAGUUGUCUUCGGAAAGAAACAUGGCCCUACCGUUCGAAGGUCGCGUCGAGCUGACGGGUGAAGGGACGUCUGAGCGCUUCGACUUCCGCGCCUCGCGUGCCGUCUGUUCCCCACAGGAUGAGCGACACGUGGCGAAAGUAAUGAUGGCGCGAUUUGGUUUUUCGAGGAGUACUGUUGCCAACCUCCCCCCUAUAAAUAGGGAUGACCCCGGAGGCGAACUCACUUUGCAUCUAAUGUCUGAUAGCCAGUCAUCCUCCGAGCGCGAGCCCAAUGCGUUCGACGAGGAGUCAUCAGACGGUCUCUUUGACUCUGACGGCGAAGCGGCAGGGCCUGAUGCCGAGGGUGGGAGUGAUACCGACGUCGAGAUACUCGGCGAAGGGCCCAGCUCCAUUCCAACACACGGAGUCGGAAAGGGGUUAAUGACCGCUCCCGUCCCGUUGUCAAUCGUUUAUAGUGACGGCCGCCACGUGGGCCUCGGUAUGCCUGGGGAGGCGAGCGGUAGCCGUCAGUCAGAGACUUCCACCUCCGGUCGUGGAGAGUCGGCAGCUAAACCACCAUCUGGGCCCAGGGUAUCGGUAGUGUACCCAAGCAACCCUAGGAUGCCUAUGGGGGUGCCGAAGGAAAACUUAUUCGGCGUCGACUAUCUUGGGCCGAACAAGAUUACCGAACUGGAGAUUGCCAAAUUUCGAGCAGAAUACCGCAUUUCCGACUCGGUACGGAUGAGGAUCCCGGGCCCUACCGAAUCUCUUAUUUCGCCGAAGGACGGCGAGGUAGUCUUCUUUACCGACGUCCUUGUGCAAGGCGUUCGGUUGCCGUUGCAGCCGGCGGUACAGAGGAUUCUGGCCCAGAUCGGAUACGCCCCGGGGCAAUUCAACCCCAACUUCUGGGUGGCCCUCAUGGGAGUGAUAACGGCAUUUGGCAUGGCUGGCGAAGGGAGCCCCUCCUAUGAGCAGUUCUCCCAUCUCUACAGCAUUACCAAGUCCAAGUGUGCCGAUCACGGCGGAUGGGUGCAGGCGAACUGUCUCAGGGCUGCCGAUCGGGGCCACUUUGUCAGCUGGGUACCGAACUGUUGA